CCAGCCCACCUUCCCCGGGACAGGGAGGGCUCUUCCUGCUCCUUUCACUUAAGAAGAAACUAAGGCCCAGAGAAGGGCGAUCUGGCCAAAAGCUGACGGGAACUUAAGGGACAGCGGGGACACCAGAUCUCAGGCCGCCGGGAGGAAGAGCCCGCGCGGAGUAAAUGAAUGAGUGAGGAGGCCAGGCCCCAGGUCAAGCGCGGUCGCGGUCGCCCGGGCUGGGCCUCAGGGGGACCCGUAGCUCGGCGUUACACAUUCUCCCCCCCCCCCCCAACCGCCCCUGCAGACGCGAGCACUCCCACCAGCUCGCAGCCCCCCUUCGGACCCUCGACCUCGCAAGAGUACGAGCCCAUGUCCCUGCCCCGCAGGGGCAGGGGCUCUCGCCUGGCCGGCUGCCGAGUGGCGGGCACUAGCGUCCCGCGGGCUACAGCCCUCUCCCCCCAGCGUGCGGGCCGCGGGGCCCAGUCCGUGAGCCAUGCGCAACGCCUCACCCGGCGGCGCCAUUGCUCCCAGCAGGUCCCACCGGAGCCCGAGCCGCAGGCUGACUUCCGCUCGGGAAAGUGGCUCUACGAGCGUGCUGGAGGGGACGUCAGGGACUCGCGGCAAGCACUGCGUGCCGGGAUGGGCUCCAAGUACAGGAUCUGUGGCCGAGAAGAUGUGGUGAUCCCUUGUGCUUCCGACAAUGAUUCGGGCAGUAUGGAUCUACAGCUGAGCAACAUUGAGGAUAUUAAAAAACGCCCAAGUAGCAUUGAACUUACAGGAUGAACAUGCAAAGCUGAUAUUCCUGAGAUCUUUGUCUUCUCUCAGCCAAAGCCUACCUUAUGAUGAAACCACAGAGUCCUUCAUUCACAGCCACAUGGAAGACAUCGUGCGUGUCCUGAGUGUACUGGUGCAAGAGGAGUCCCUGCACUCUCUGUUCAGCCCCGUGCGCCAGGAGAUCUUUGUCCUCAUUGCUGGCCUCAGCUACCAAGAUGUCCAUCUGCUGUGUGGGUCUGAAGACCGAGCUGACUUGUUCAGUCUGAUCACCAGAAGUCUCAUCACUCUGCCCUCCACGAGGACUCUUCUCCAGCUGAAGGAAGUCAUGCCAAGUAGGCCCUACAGCUUAGAGUCUCUCUACAGGCAGACCUUCCAGGCCUUCUCGGAGAUGCUCCAGAGUCUGGUGGUGAAAGACCCACAUUUGGAAAAUCUCGAUGCCAUUUUUAAGCACAUGGACCCCUGGCUACAGUCGGUCGUAGACCACGAACGGGAACGGGCCACGGCCAGCAUGGCUCAAGUGCUCAAGUGCUUGUCCAGACACCUCAGCCUCAAGCUUCCGCUGCAGUUCCAGAGACUUGGCCACCUCGUGGCCAUGAUGGCUCUGCUGUGUGGGGACCCGCUGAAGGAGGUGGCCGAGGAGGCGGCCGAGGGCACGCACCACCUGCUGCACGUCACCCUGAGGCUGAAGUACAUCACGCAUGACAAGAAAAAUCACCAAGACUUGAAAAACGCGUUGAAGAAAUGUCGAGGACUCCUGGAGCUGUACAGUAUUAAACAGUUCUACAACUGUCCCUUCAAAAUUGCCCAGGUCUUUGAAGUUUUUCUCAAUGCAAGUGAGCUCUGCCAAUUUGUAAUGACUACACUGGAUGGCCUGAACACCCAGAAGCAUCCUUGCACCCAGCAGUCGGCCGGAGAGUUGCUAAUAACCUUGGUGAAAAGUGCGGAGUCCCGAUUUGAGAAGGUGCCGGAAAUCAUGGGAGUUAUCUGUGCCCGACUGUCCACCAUCAGCCAGCCUAGAGUGCGCCAGCAAAUCAUCCGUACCGUGAGUCUGUUCAUCUCCAGGCCCAAGUACACGGACACGGUGCUCAGCCACCUGCUGUGUCACCCGGUGCCGUAUGACAGGCACCUGGCCGAGCUGUGGAGGAACCUGGAGGUGGAGCUGCCCAGCACGACCUGGAUUCUGUGGCGGCUUCUGAGGAAGCUGCAGAAAUACCACAACCUGCCUGCCCAGGAGAAGAUGGCCUACAUGGCUGUGGCGGCGACAAACGCCCUCUAUGAGGUGUUCGUGGGCAACAGGCUCCGGGCAGCGACGUUCCGACUCCUCCCACAGCUCCUCAUGACCCUGCUUGUCCAGGUUCACCACAGCAUUGGCCUCCGCAUGUCCGACGUCGCCAUCCCCAGUGGCCUCUACACAGGGCGGGAAAUGUCGUCUGAGGUCACCCCUUUGUGCCUCGCCCUGCAGGCCACAAAGACGCUUCUCCUCAGAACGCUGUGCUGGCAGGAGUUCUACACCAUUGAAAGGAACAGGGGAUGGAGUCUUCUGGGUGGAAGUGACUGCCAUCUUCAGGGAGUGUUUCUCCUUGCCAAUACACUGCUGGAAAGAAAUCACCUGCUCGCGCAUAAGGUCAUGUACUUGCUGGUCCCUCUGCUCCACCGAGGGAACGACAAGCACCAGCUCACCGCUGCAGGCUUUUUUGUGGAGCUGCUCCAGAGUCCAGUGGCUAAGCGCCUGCCUGGCGUCUACUCCAUGGCCCGCCUGAGAGAAUGGCUACACUGUGGAAAUGAUCUCUUCAGAGUCCUUGCCCUGAGAGGGCUGCACAACCUCGUCAGACACCAGGAGAUGGAAGACCUCAGCCGCCUGCUGCCGUACGUUGUGGACUGUUUGUGCGAGGCCGACAAGAGGAUCGUCUUGCUGGCCAUCCAGAUCCUGCUGCACGUUGUCAGGACAAUGGAUCCCACCACCUUGGCAUCCCUGAUGCGGACUGUGUUCUCCUUGUUUGGUGACGCGAGACCUGACGUGCACCACUUCUCCAUGACCCUCUUUGGAGCCGCCGUAAAGUCCGUGAAGUGCACAGAUAAGAAGGGUGUGGAAAGCCAAGUCCUGGGCAGCCUGGUGCCGCUGCUGCUGUAUUCUCAGGACGACACUGACACAGUCGCUGAGGAGAGCAGGCGAGUCCUCGGCAUCUGCGCCACGUUCCUGAAGUGGAAGCUGCCCCCAGAAGUGUACUGCAAAGAUCCCUGGUGCAUCAGACCCACGGAGGUCGGGACGAUCUGCAGAUUCUUCGGAAAAAAAUGCAAGGGGAAAAUUAACAUCCUUGCCCAAACAUUGAUGUACUCCAAGGAUGCCAAACUUCCCAUCAGAAGAACUGCGGUCUUGUUUGUAGGGCUCUUUGCAAAGUACAUGGAUCGCAGUGAGCUCCAGUUGCAGGGCACUGGCUGGAUAGAGGACGAUCUGAGAAUUCUGUUGCAUGACCCUGAGCCCUCUCUGCGCAUGAUCGCCUCCCAGGCUCUAUUCCGAGUGCAGAGGAUGAGGACUGAGCCAGAAUCUGAGCAGACAGUUUGCUGGUUGAGGAAGCGCAUGGGCUGUCACCCUGCCUAAGAGUGCAAGGCAGGCAACAUCAGAUGGCGAAGCUGUGGAAUUGAACAUGAAAUUGACUUGCCCAAGGUCACACAACUAGAAAAUGGCAAAUGUAGGGUUGAAAGCCAAGUAGUCUGGCCCCACAGCCCACAUCCUUGACUUGUCUGUGCUGCUCUUCUCCGGUCUGCUGGUGCCCAGUAGCGUGAAUAAAUCUCUACAAUGAACCUACUGGCUGAACUCGUCAUCAGACGUGUGUUGUAAAGUGAUAAUACACCUCAAAUCACUUCCCAAAUAUGAAGCUUGAACACUUCCCACCUACAAGUUGUUAAUGUACUUUAUUUUGUAAAUAGGAUAAUGCACAUCCUAUUCUAUACAGAGAGUGGGGUUAGAGCAAAGAGUAGUGGUUAUUCUUGAAGAAUAUUUUUUUAAUUCUUUGUUUGAUUCCAUGAAUACCACUGCAAGAAACAGACCUCUAAGGACUGGAACACACUUACUUUUUUAUUUUUCUUUUAUUUUUCUUUAAAGACAAGUGAAUUUACUUUUCAAAUCCAAAGACAUAAAGGGUUUAUGCUUUCAAAGUCUUGGUUUAGGGUUCAGUUGAAGUCUUGGGGACACUUAAGAGCUGAAUGACUCCUUUCUGUUUGCCUACAUUUAUGAGCCCCUUUCCCACCAGGGAACAGUGCACACAUAGUUUUAUUUAUUUAUUUAUUGUUUUAUUUAUGCUUUCUUGCGUUAAAAUUCACAGAUAGAUACAUCCGUUAAGAAGCCAGGCCUGCUGUUUACUGAAUGCCCCAGUAGUUGGGACGGGCUAAGAAGUGCUCCACAGCAAUUAAAUUAACAAAUCUAUUUAGGAAACAGCUCCAUUAUAUAGAUACAAGACUCUCCUCAGGGACAGGCUUAUUUCCUUGAGAUUUUUAAAUUCCUGGACAUUCAAUUUUGUCCUGUUGAAAUAAAAGUUCUAUAUAAUAGACCGUAGUUUUGAUUUUGUGUUUAUUGUUCAUUACCUAUUACUGACCCACCUUUGUCUUUACUUCAGAGUCUCAACUUUUUAAGUAUUGCUUUUCAUUUUAUAUAUGAGAUAUCUAUUUUAUAGGGAAUUCUUUGUUCUUUUAUUGGGAAAUUAAAUCAACAUGUAAGGAGGAUUGGGGAAGACCCUGUCAGGCUCCAGCCCUGGGAAGAAAGACCACACUAGGUAAAACUAAAAAAUGUCAAAUCUCUCUGCCUAUCUGCCUUCCUCCUCCUUCCUUUUCUUUUUUCUUUUUUUCUUUUUUUUAAGAUUUAUUUAUUUACUUGAAAGUCAGUUACACAGAGAGAAGAAGAGGCAGAGAGAGAGAGCGAGAGAGAGUGAGCGAGAGAAUCUUCCAUCUUCUGGUUCACUCCCCAGUUGGCUGCAGAUCGGAAGCCAGGAGCCAGGAGCUUCCUCCAGGUCUUGCCACGC